AUGCCGCAUCUCGGCAGCAUUAUGACCAUCGCCGUCGAUAGCGCGACCACGGCUAACGGCACGAGCGUCCUCGAGGAGAACAUGACGUGGUCCCGACCGGCCGGCGAAGCUACGUCUUCUACGAGUUACGAGGGACGCGCGAACGGCGAGCAGGUGCGGGCCGUCGGAGGCUCGAGCGAUCCGAGCAACGAAAAACACAUCGAGACCGGCGUCACGACGGGAGCGACGGCGACGGUGGAGGAGGCGGCGACGACGGGGACGAGAAGGAUUUCCCGGCGUCGUUGCGGCCUUCGGACCUCGGGGACUCGAGUCUGCGACAUCUUCGAGAGCGCGGAAGACGCGGGGAGCGCCGACAGCACGACCGACGACGGUGCGAGUACGUCGAACAGUUCAGCGGAGGUGGACGAGUACGGAAAGGAUCUGCUGCUGUUCGGCUUCGGCGACAUAAUGGAGGACACCGCCGGCGCGUUCAACGACUCGUCGAACGCGAGCCUGCCGAGAGUCCAUCCGCAGUGGAACGUCAGCAUGUACAACGAGACCUUCAUCGUGGUGGGCGAGGGCGGCUACCCGUCGGGCUACACCGUGCCGGAAAUAAUAUUAGCCUCGAUCGUAGCGACCCUGCUCAUGAUCGUGAUCAUCGUCGGCAACAUGCUGGUGAUAAUCGCGAUCGCCACGGAGAAGGCGCUCAAGAACAUACAGAACUGGUUCAUUGCGAGCCUCGCGGUUGCGGACUUUUUCCUCGGCCUGGUGAUCAUGCCGUUCUCGUUGGCGAACGAGAUCAUGGGCUACUGGAUCUUCGGCUACUGGUGGUGCGACAUUUACUCCGCGAUGGACGUGCUGCUGUGCACCGCCAGCAUCAUGAAUCUGUGCCUGAUCAGCCUCGACCGCUUCUGGAGCAUCACGCAGGCGGUGGACUACCUGAAGAAGCGGACGCCGGCCCGCGCCGCGCUCAUGAUCGCCCUCGUCUGGCUGCUGUCGGCGCUCGUCUGCAUACCGCCGCUGCUCGGAUGGAAGAGACCCACCCCGGAAGAGGAGUACCCCAAGUGCAAG